AUGGAAGAUUCACCCCUUGCUGCUCCUUUGCCCCGUCUCACCAGAACUCAUGUCAGUCGCGCGGACAGCGAGCGGCGUAGAACAUCCCAGAGUAGAAGGCAAGACCCGAUAUGCCAUAUUCAACAGGGGGUAGCCGGCCUCAUCCUCGAUUACACCACCCCAUUCUGCACUGAUAUCAUGAAUGCUCCCAAGGAGCCUAAGAUGAAGCCGCCAGCUAUUGACGCCUAUGAUGGCACUUCUGAUCCUGAUGUACAUCUCUUGGCCUAUCGGCAUCACAUGUAUGUCCAAGGGACUACUGACGCAACUUGGUGCAAAUACUUCCCGUCCACUGUGAAAGGAGUCCCCUCAAAAUGGUUCGAGAAGUUGCCCGCUAGAACGAUCAACACUUAUGUAGAAUUAGAGAUGUUGUUUUCUGCAAGAUUUAUGGCUUAUAAAGAAGAGAAGAAGACGAGCAUGCAUCUGGGCCGAACACAGCAAGGGAAAGAUGAAUCUUUGCGAAGCUAUGUCCGACGUUUCAAUUUAGAGUCAGGACAGAUUCCAGACCUACCCGACGGGGUGGCUUUUGAUAAUUUCUUUAGGGGACUUAAGAAGGGGUCCUUUAAGUUUGAUUUGGUGAAGAAAAGUGUGAGAACUAUGGCCGACGCUUUGGAUGAGGCCGAGUCCUUUAUUCAUGCCACCGAAAUCUGCUCUGUCCCCAAUGAAUCUAAGGGAACAGAGACCGCAGACCAUCUUCAGCGCAAGGACUGGACAAAUCACAUAAAAAGACCAGCCGUCCGAAUGGGACGUGGGCCAUUGAGAAGAAGGGAUAUCGGGCAAACCCCUCCCAAGGACAGAAGAGAGGACGAUCCUAUGACAAAGAAAGAUUGCAAGAGUCUGCGUAGAGCUCUUGAUGGAUUAGCCGCCAAAGGAUUUCUGAAAUCAUAUCUCAGCUCGAGCAUAGGGGGAAGUGGUAAAAAGUUCUACAAGAAAAGUAAGUCACCGUCAUAUCGACGUGAUGACAAUGACACUGAUCCAGAAAUUGUAGCUGUUAUCUCAGGGGGCCUAGCCGCUGGGGGCCCAACAAUGAGAGGUCAAAAGGACUAUACAAGCCGGUUGGGGGGCAAGAUAGCCACUCCUCAUGACGACCCCUUGGUUAUUGAGCUGAAGGUAGCAAACCUCAAAGUAAGGCGUAUUCUAGUAGACACGGGGAGUUCGUCAGACAUUAUCAGCACAACUUGUCUAAAUCGUCUUGAGCAUGAUCCUAAGACAAUUGAAAAGAUACAUUAUCCGAUCAUUGGAUUCGGAGGCGGCAUAGUUCAUCCCCAAGGGAUAAUCACUCUGCCCCUACGAGUAGGAGGUCGGCAUCAAAGUAAGAACUUGAACGUCCGAUUUCUAAUUGUGAAAGACCUCACCGCUUACAAUAUCAUAUUGGGCCGCCCAACUUUGAAUCAUGCCAAAGCAGUGGUCGUCACUCAUCUUAUGCUCAUGAAAUAUGUCUGUGAUAAAGGCCAGGUCGGCACUAUUCAUGGUGAUCAACAGCUAGCAAGAGAUUGUUAUCUCACUACGCUAAGUCCCGAGGCUUGGGGGAAAAUUGACGAAGCGAGAGCAAGCUCAAAAAGAAAGCUAGACGAGAUACAGGAGAAAGUCAAGAAAGAAACCUUUACCAUUGCCACGGCUCACAUGGAGGCAAGGAGACCUAAGCCGAUUGGUGGACAUUAUGAAAUCAUUCUUGAUGAAGCGCGUCCAGAUAGGACGGUGCCAGUAGGAGUCUCUCCGGACGAUCGGCUUGGGGCACAUUUGGUCACUCUCCUGAGAGAGUACCACGACAUCUUUGCUUUUGCUGUGGAGGAGAUGCCGGGCAUUGAUCCAAGUAUAGCCGUCCACAAACUCAACGUAGAUGAGUCCUUAAAACCUGUUCGUCAGAAGAAGAGAAAUCAUGGGGAAGCAAGAAACAAAGCCGCGGCUGAAGAAGUUUGGAAGUUGUUAGAGGCUGGGUUCAUUCGGCCAAGUCAAUAUCCGGAUUGGGUAGCAAAUGUAGUGUUGGUUCCAAAGCCUAAUAAGUCAUGGAGAAUGUGUGUGGACUACACGGAUUUAAACAAGGCCUGUCCAAAAGACAGCUUCCCUCUGCCCAAAAUAGAUCGGUUGGUAGACUCGACAGCCGGUCAUGCUAUGAUGUCCUUCAUGGACGCCUAUUCAGGUUUUCAUCAGAUUCCCUUGUGGCCAGAAGACCAGGAAAAAACGUCAUUUGUUACUGAGCAAGGCUUGUACUGCUAUAAAGUGAUGCCGUUAGGCUUAAAGAAUGCGCCGGCCACAUUUCAGCGUCUAGUCAAAACUGUCUUCUCUAAUCAGUUGGGACGAAACAUCGAAGCCUACAUUGAUGAUAUGAUAGUAAAAAGCAAGCAACGUGAAGAACACCUGGCUGACUUGAGAGAAACUUUUGAGACGCUCCGAAAAUAUCAGAUGAGGUUAAAUCCAAAGAAGUGUGUUUUUGGAGUAACGGCUGGGAAGUUCUUGGGUUUCCUUAUUGAUGAAAGGGGAAUUGAGGCCAACCUUGACAAAGUACAAGCAGUAAUAGAUAUGACGUCGCCAAAGUCAGUGAAAGAAGUCCAACGUCUGACUGGAUGUCUAGCGGCCCUGGGACGGUUCUUAUCAAGAGCAGGUGACAAGUCCAACUCAUUGUAA